AAACAAAACGAAAAUCUCAAUUCCACUAUAAAUUUCCUCCUUAUAAUUGGGUCAAAACUCAAAAUUCUUAAAUCUUAAGUUUAGUACAAAAUUCUCUAUUUUUCCUAAAAUUUUCUUCUUCUUAUUAUUUUUUUUCUUUUUAAUCUUAUUCCCAGUAGAACAGAGAAUCUCUACAACCAUGGCUAAAGCUUAUAACUUUACUCCUAAUCUUAUUAAAAUACAAUUAAUAUUGAUUAUAGUUCUUUUCCUCUGUUUUACUGUUUCGAAAUCUGCCCCUCAAAAUAGUCUUGUCACUCAACUUCCUGGAUUUUCUGGCACUUUUCCCUCCAAACACUAUUCUGGGUAUGUGACAAUUGAUGAAAGUCAUCGGAAGAAAUUAUAUUACUACUUUGUUGAAUCUGAGAGAAACCCAUCACAAGAUCCUGUUGUUCUUUGGCUUAAUGGUGGACCCGGAUGCUCUAGCCUUGAUGGUUUUGUCUAUGAGCAUGGUCCUUUUAACUUUGAGGCAGCAAAAACAAAGGAAGGCUUACCAAAGUUGCAUCUAAAUUCAUACAGUUGGUCUAAAGUUUCAAACAUAAUAUAUUUGGAUUCACCAUCAGGAGUUGGAUAUUCUUACUCACAUAACACCACUGAUUAUGAUACUGGGGAUAUCAAAACUGCCUCUGAUACUCAUACAUUCUUGCUUAAGUGGUUUGAGGUCUAUAAAGAGUUUGCUACAAACCCGUUUUUCAUCGCGGGUGAAUCAUAUGCUGGGAUUUAUGUCCCAACUCUAGCUUCCGAAAUUGUUAAAGGACUUGAUACUGGUGUGAAGCCUGUUAUCAAUUUGAAGGGCUAUUUGGUAGGAAAUGGUGUUACAGAUGAUAAGUUUGAUGGGAAUGCUUUGAUACCAUUUGCUCAUGGAAUGGGUUUGAUCUCAGAUGAAUUAUACCAGGAGAUAGUAGCUCAAUGUGCAGGAAACUAUUAUGAUGUAACAUCUGAUGGUUGUGAUCUCUUACUGUCAAAAGUAAACCAGGAUAUUGAUGGACUGAACAUAUAUGACAUUUUAGAGCCAUGCUACCAUUCCCCUAGCUCGAGUAAGCAAAACACCGCCAAUUUAAGAUUACCGUCAAGUUUUAAGACACUAGGUGAAACCGACAAGCCUCUUCCCGUGAGAAAACGAAUAUUUGGUCGUGCAUGGCCUCUUAGAGCUCCUGUGAGAGACGGGAGAGUUCCUACUUGGCCAGAAAUUUCUAACAGUUUGUCUGUUCCUUGCAUCAAUGAUGAGGUUGCAACUGCUUGGCUCAAUGAUAAGGCCGUGAGAAAAGCUCUUCACGCUGACGAUGAAAAUGUGGCUGGUCCAUGGGAGCUUUGUACAGGCAGAAUUGCGUACAAUCACGAUGCUGGAAGUAUGAUCAAAUACCAUAAGAACCUCACUGCUCGAGGCUAUCGAGCCCUCAUAUACAGUGGAGACCAUGAUAUGUGUGUCCCAUACACCGGAAGUGAGGCAUGGACAAAAUCCGUUGGGUACAAAGUAGUGGAUGAGUGGCGACCAUGGAUGUGCAACGAUCAAGUUGCUGGGUUUACACAAGGAUAUGAGAAGAAUUUAACUUUCCUUACUAUAAAGGGAUCAGGACACACAGUACCGGAAUACAAACCGAGGGAAGCACUAUACUUUUAUAGUCGGUUUUUAUCAGGUCAAAGCGUAUGAUAGAUUUAAUGUUAAUUUCAUUUCAUUACCCCAAUGUCAUUAAAUAGAAAUUGCUUAGACAGGUUCAGAGGGGUCUAUUGUUAAUGAGAACGGAUAUUUAUUCAUCUAUCUAAUAAAAUUAUACAUGGGUACAAUUCGAAUAAA